GCUCCGGGGUCCAGUCAGCUGACUGACUGCUCAGUGUCUGGCAGAGUCGGGCCGCAGCCGGCGACACAGUCGCCCAGGACGGGUGGAGAUGGCGUGCCCGCGACCUCCGAGGCUGGUGGUGGACGUGGACGUGGGCUCGGACGACGCCAUGGGGCUGAUGGUGGUCGCCGCGGCCGAGCGCAAGGGAUCCGCGCGGCUGCUGGGGGUCACGUGCGUGCACGGCAACACCGACCUGGACCACGUGUGCGCCAACGCGCUCAAAACCCUGCACACCAUCGGCCGGCUGGACGUGCCGGUGUACCGCGGCGCACAUGCCUCGUUGGUGGACACCAUGAAGAGGGCGGAGGACAUCCACGGCGGAGACGGCUUCGGGGACUUCGAGUACGAGGGCGCCCCAGACGUCGAGACACACCUGCAGAAGGAGCACGCCGUCUUGUACCUGACGCGCGUGGUGAGGGAGACUCCAGGUUCCAUUACCCUGCUUUGUUUGGGUCCAUUGACUAACAUCGCUCUGGCAAUUAGGAUGGAUAAAGAUUUUUGCACUAAUGUGAAAGAAAUUAUUAUCAUGGGUGGAAACGUCGAAGGCAUCGGGAACGUGACAGCAGCCGCGGAAUUCAACUUCCACUGCGACCCUGAAGCCGCGUACAUCACGGUACACAACAUGAAGUGUCCCGUCACGAUACUGCCCUGGGAGACAGCCUUCAACCACUGCGCCCUGCCUUACCUGCCGCAGGUCUCGCCGGCACGUACAGUUCACGGGCCUCGACGCUCUCUUGACUUUGACCUUCGCACCGUGAAGGUCGUGUCUCCCGAGCGGCCCGGUGCAAAGCGCAUGCGCGCGUUCGCUACUGCGCUCGUCCACCGCUCUGGCCGGACAGACGUGUCGUUCCGUGCGCGCCGUUCGCUGACGCGCGCGCUGCCCUCGGCGGACCACCGAACCACCGCAGGAAUGGAGGAUAAACACUCUGGGGUCGCUGGACAGUCCGCAGAGCAGGCUGAUGAGCAAGGUGGAAGCCCCGAUGCUGACGACCCUCCGUUAUGGCCGAUGGGCCCGUUGCGAUCCCAUAGCCGCGGCCAUAGCUGUCGAUCCGUCCGUCGCUGUGGAGGAGGCGCGGCUCCAUGCCACCGUCGAGCUUCACGGGACAGCCACCAGGGGCGCCUUUGUCGUCGACCACCUGGACAAGCUGGGGCUGCAACCGAACGUGACGAUCGUGAAGCGUGUGGACGUGGAGCUCUACAAAAAGAUCAUGAUCGAUGCCUUUUCCGGUGACUUGAGCAGAAAAAUUAAAUAAAGCUGUGGUUAGGCUAUGAUCAAAGUA